AUGUGUGAAAUUGUGCAAAAAACUAUUCUAGGUGUUGCAAUAAUUUUUCUGAUCGUUAUUGGUGAAAUUGCAGGACAAGAUUUUGAGGAAUGCCUGCAGCAGUGCAAAACACCGCAAAAUUUUCUUGGAGCAUGUAUUAGCAUUCGUUCUUGUGAUUCUCUCAUGAAACUACUUCCAACCUCCAGAAAGGAUGAAAACAUAUUAAACUACUUAAAACAAUCAGCUUGUGGUUUUGAUCAACUAGGACCCAAGGUAUGUUGCCCUGUUGGGCAUUCUCCAUUUGAUGAACCAAACCCAGAAAAAAAUGAGAAAAUUGAAAACAGAUUUGAACUUCCUAGUGGUGAAUUGCAGCAAUGUGGAAACAGAAGUAGAAAUUUGCGGGAUCACGGCGGAUUUGCAUUCAUAGGCGGAAUUACAUCUAAGCAAGGAGAAUGGCCCUGGGUUGCCGCUUUAGGCUACCGUGGAGAAAAUGGAUCAACUAAAUGGUUAUGUGGUGGUGCUCUAAUUACUAGAAGACAUGUGCUCACCGCUGCUCAUUGUAUUAUUGAUGAGAGAACAAUUUGUGCUGGUUAUCCUCUCGGCGAGAAAGAUGUUUGUUCUGGAGACAGUGGUGGUCCGCUUAUGUUGAAAAAGACCGAUAUUAGUACUGGAGAUGCAGUGAUUACAUAUCAUAUCGUUGGCGUGGUUGCCUAUGGUUUCCGAUGCGCAGAACCAGGAUAUCCUGGUGUUUACACCCGUGUUACUUCCUUUUUGCCCUGGAUAAGAGCGAACAUCUCCUGA